AUGUAUGUGAACUCGUCUGGAACUGAGAAUGGAUCUUAUUCACUGACCUUCCUGGGAAAGAAAGUAGGGAGACAUCACUCUGUGGCCCCGGCAGGCAAGCAACACGCCUGGGAGACAACUAACAGGUCUACCUGCCCUGAAGACCUUGCGUUGUCCUCGCGGUCUGGACGGGUCCCUGUCACAGCGCAGGUGCUUGAGGAUUUACCGGGCAGCAUACCAGAGCUGAAGGAUGAGAGGCCAUGUCCAAUAAUACACAACACACAGUUUGACCAGUACGAAGACAACACAGCAGCUGUCUUUCAUCACAAAACUCUGUGGAUGAAGCGAUGGGCCGCAUUCAGACGCUGGAUCGGUGGCAACCAAAGAAAAAAUCCUGGACAAGAGUUCAACAGAGCCUCAUCAGAAUCUCAGCUGUCAGCUAGCAGUGAUGCAGAUCAGCCCGCAGAAGCUGAGAGGUCACAAGAUGUAAAGAUCUACAUCCCCUACAAGUCAGCUGAGCUCUGUAUCACUCAGAUAGCCGAGGACAUGGCGGCAAUGAAGAGAAGACACUUGGAAAUGGUGCAGGAGCUGGAAGAGAACCUUCAGGCCACAGCACGAGAACACCAGGUGAGGUGGGGUAUGCGUGAGAAAAAGGGCCCUAACACACUGCAACCGUGACGCAAAUGUUAUUGUGUGAUUAGGAGUGGACCGUGCAGAGGAUCAGAUCAAACCACCAGAGCAAGAUAAACACUCUGAAGAGAAUCCUGGGCCUCUACCAAGAGA